AUGAAGUUCGCACACGACUUCAAAGAGACCCUUUCGCGUGAAGGGUUCCCUUCACACUGGGUCGAGUCGGCCAUACCAUACAGCCAACUGAAAAAGGUGCUGAAGAGAGUCGCCGGCGAACUAAACGAUCUCGGCUUGGACCCUGAGACGUUGCGCCAGCUGCUUGAUCCCCAAAGCGACUCCCCUUUGGUCAUCGAGUAUGGCUUGAAAGUCGCUCAGGGCUCGGAGUUUCUGAGGCCCCAGCUCACUGUACUGCUUCACCUCCAGGAUGGAGUAGCAGUGGAUGUAUCUUUGUCGUCAAGUUCUCGAACCUUUUUGGAACACAUCUCAUCUUUGCAGGCAAACUCGCCACGGCAUCCAGCGCUGCCAUUGGAACGAUCACUAGAACCACCGAAAGAAGCGUCAACAGAUGACGCGGCGACUUCUGAAUCGCAUGCUAGCUUCGCCAAGCUAACUGAGCCCGCCGAUUUGGAUCGUUCAGGCGAGGCAAUUUCCACAAGCGCCUCGCCGGCCAACCCUCUCUGCAAGCAGCUUGAGGUUCCGCUCGUCUUUGAUGGCAAGUUCUUCGACAUGCUGCAGAGCGAUGUCAAUGGCCUAGACGCCCUACAGGCUAGUGAAGAGGUCGCCAUGACCAAGGAGAUCGUGGCUCUCGGGCAGGACGUCUCCCAACUCACCAAACCUAGCCGGCUUUCGAAGAGCGAUCUUGCGCGAUGGCGAACCAUUUUCGAGCUCUAUCUCGAAGCCCAAGUCUUUUUUUCCGUCUACGAGCAGGACCACGGUACACGCGACAGCCACUCGGCCUCACGCCAGCUGCAGUGGUUCCAGGGCGAAGUCACAAAGCGGAAUCUCGCUCGCCAGUUCAAAAUGUCGGAGAGCCGAGAGGCGCUUGUUCGCUUCCUUCGUCUCAACGCCCUGCUUCUGAAGAACAUCCAAUUUCAGGAGAUCAACCGCACCGCCAUUCAUAAAAUUCUCAAAAAAUUUGACAAGCGCACGUCUCUGGGCGUAUCCAAGACGUUCCCCGCCCAGAUCCGCUCUGACAAACUACUCGCUGGUACCAUGGCUAGAGAUAUGUGUGCUCAAGUGUCCACUGAGCUUGUUUCUGUUGUUCCUCAACUAAACGACUACCUCUGCCCUGUCUGUUUCGCCAUCGCAUAUCGCCCUGUGCGUCUGGCUUGCCAGCAUAUUUUCUGCAUUCGCUGCAUUGUCAAGAUACAACGGCGGCGCGAGAAGCAUUGUCCGUUGUGCAGAGCUGACGUCGUCAUGGAUGCUUCAGCUGAUAAUCUGGAUAUCGAGUUGGAUAGGUAUCUACGGAAAUACUUCAACAAGGAAGUGAAGGAGAAGAUCCGCGCCAAUGACAUUGAGCGAGGCAUGGAGGACUACGGCCCUGGAUACACGCAUUCUGAUUGUGCCAUUAUGUAA